CAACUUGCAGAAUAUAACAACACCAAAGAAUAUUGAAAAUUUAUAUACACAUUUUUUAUAAAAAUGACACUUACCUUUUUUUUAUAUGCAUCUAUAUUACAUGCUUUAAUUGCGCAAGAAUUGAGUUUGUUUCCAUUGAAGCAAUAUAUGGAAAACAUUAGUGUUAUCAACACUUCUAUGUUUCUUUGUCAUCACCAUGGAUCCGAUUUAAAGUUGUGCAAUUGUGACGGUACCUGCUUUGCAUCAAAAACUUGCUGCAUUGAUAAACUAUGGAACAACACCAAUCCAUUACCGUUGGACAUUUACCUAGAAACGUUAGUUAAUAAGUCGAGUUCCUAUAAAGACAUGGUAUGUGAAAAAAUUAUAUCAGUACCCGCUGAUUCAGGACAUGAAAGUAGUGAAAUUUUAAUGGUGCAUUCUUGCCAGGAUGGCGCAGAAACAGAAUUAGUGAAACUGUGUUUAAACAGUUAUGAGUUUCAUUAUGCAAACAAUGUUCCAGUAAAAGGUUCCGAUAAUGUUAUGUAUAGAAAUGCCGCUUGCGCACGUUGUAACUUUGCUGAACCUAUAGCAAUAAAUCUUUCUUUCGAGUGUCUGUUAGAACCUCAACAAAAAAAGAUACAAAUAAAUGUAACAUCACUCGAAGUAAAUUGGAUUUUUCAACAAUAUAAAAACUGCACAGUGUCAUUAAAUAAAAAAAUAGAAACUAGUGAGCAUAUUAGUAGUUGUUUUUCUCACGUGAUCCAGCACUGCCCAACAAGUAGUAAGCACUACCCAUUGUGUAAAGCAUACUCAGGAACUUUCUUGAAUUAUAAAAAUUAUGAUUGUUUUAAAUGUUUCAAAAGUGACACGGUAGUAUCAAAUCAAAACACUACUACCUCACAACUUUCUUAUAUUCCAAUAUGGUUAAAUUAUUCAUUUCCAUUGUUCCAUGAUACUUUAGAAUGGAUUAAUUACACUAAAAAUUGGUUUAAUUAUACUACAGCAUGGUUUAAUGAUAAAAAAGAAUGGCUAAAAUACACUUCUGUAUUGUUUAACUAUACUCAAUCAUGGUUUAACCAUUCUACAGUAUGGUUCAAUAUUACUCCAGUAUGGUUUAAUUUUACUCCAGAAUGGGUUAGUAAAACAACACUAUGGUCCAAUUAUAAUCUUUUUUUUAAAAAUAAUAAAAUAGAAUGGUUUAACUGCACUGAAACCACAGAAUUUUUUGACUGUACUAAAGGAAUGUUUAACAACUCUCUUAUGUACUUUAGUAACAUUACUAUAGUAAAUUCAACUGAAUCUAUAGAAAAAAAAAUUAAACCAAUUGCAGAUAAAAGCUUUAUAUCUAAUACUUUGUCCUUUAAACAAACUAUACAAAUUAACUGUGGAACGGGAUUAUAUUACAGCGAAGUCACUAAAACCUGUAUUUUAAUUACUUGCUGUUGUGGAUACACGUUGGUUGGUUCUAAAUGCAUAGAUUUACAACAAAAUUUACCUCUUAUAGCUAUCAAUAAUGCAAGCUUUGAAAACUGUUUGUUUAGCAAAAAGCCCGGUUUUUAUGUCAUUUCAAAAAGUUUUCAAUCUUUACGUUAUAUGUAUCAUAUUUUACCUGACGCAGUCUGUUUUAUUAUUAAAGAUGAAAUUUUAUCGAAUUCAACUUUGUUACAAUGUAACAUGUCUGUUACUGCAAUGAAAAGUUUGACAAAUAAUAAAACAAUUUUUCACUCAAUUUCUUCUGAUUCAUCAAUAUUUUAUAUUACGUCAGUUUAUAAUCAGUUAAAUACAGAAUUGUAUAACUUUAAUAUUGGAAGAUCCUUUACACAAAACAAGUUAUGUGCGCAGCUAAUGGAAUUUACUUAUAUGGAAGGCAAUUUUACAAGCUCAUGCGAUUAUAUGACGGAAAACAAAACAACUAAAAAUGAAGACCUCGCUUUGUGGAUUGAAAUACAUGACAAUGAAAUCAAAAGAAAAAUGAGCAUAUGCAAACGAUUCCAUUUAACAUCUAAUUGUAUAUUGAGAAAUCUGACCAACAACUAUAAAAUAGAAAACCAGACUUUAACAUACACGUACUUAAACAAAGAAUACCGGUUCAAUACGAACGAGUUUGUACCAUUAAACAAAGGUGUAGGAGUAUGUGAAUCAUCAUUGUUGUUGAAACUUAAAGAUAAAAACAUUUUAGACAACGCCGAAAAUCUUUUGUCUGUGAUUUUACUUUUUGUUAGUAUGGGGUGCUAUCUAUUCAUUUUUACAACGUACAUCUUGUUUAAAGAACUGAGAGUUCGAUCUAACUUAAAUUUAAUAACGCUUUGCGCAUUUUUGAUACUUUCUGAUUUUUCUAUAUUUCUUGCAAUUUUUGAAAGUAAGCAAAAAAAUACAUGUAAAUAUAUAUCAAUUAUUUUACAUUGGAGUUUAUUGGGAGGAUACAGUUUGGUAUUGUGUAUGGCUAUUGAACUAGCAUUAAAAUUUUGGAGGUUUGCUCCAAAAUCAUUCGGUCGUACAAACUCUUUUAUCGCAACAAUAUUUGUUUCUUUGAUGGUUCCAACCUUAAUUGUAUCCAUUAAUUUAUCAUUUGAUUUAACUGGAACAGGUUAUAUUGGGUACGGGGCAAACAAUAUUUGCUGGAUCGGUGGAUUUUACGCAAGAAUAUUUUCUUACAUUUUACCGCUUUGCAUUAUUUUAGUAUCAUCAGUGUUAUGCUUGGUGUUAACUAUUUUUAAUAUUACAAAGCUUGAAAGCGCAAACAAAAAAACUUUAGGUGAGGGGAAAACGUCACGUGUAAACCUUGUUAUGAUUACAAUGAAACUCGCGUUAAUUCUUGGUGUAACAGAUGCACUAGGUUUUUUUCAAAUUUCAAAACCAUUUUUAUCUGAAUGGGAAAUAUUAUUCAAUUCAGUAUUUUCUAUAAUUUACACAUGCUGUCGAUCUUCAAAAGGAAUUAUGCUUUUUUUUGUAUAUAUUUGCAACAAAAAGAUAUUUAGAGUCUACAAAAGAUUUACAGCGAAAACAAUCAUUAAAUGGAGGAAAUCAUUACAAAACACUAUUGUCAUUAAAGAAACCAGUGGAUUUACCGAAUCAACAUUUUGACCUUAAAAGUGUCGAAUUUUUUAAAUACAGUUAAAUAAAAAAUAAAAACGCCAGCUGUAUAUUAAACAUUUUUUUAAUUGUGCACUUUCGUUGAUAUUGACAAUGUUUGCAACUAACUUUGCAUUUGUUAUUUUGAUUUGUUAUUUUGUGAUAUUUAUUCAAAUAUGUUUAUACCUCUAACAA